AAUUAAAGUUUUGAAUUUAGAUAAAAGAAUAUCAAUUGAUUAAUCGAGAUACGAGUUUAUCAAUUAAAAAUUAUGAUAUUCCAAUGUAUAAUAUCUCUCUCUUUUCUCUCUCUUUUUUCUCUAUGUCGUUAAACAUUUUUCAGAAUUUCUCAUACAGUAUAAAAGCGCAUCGAAAUCAAUAAUUGUAUUAGUCAUUAUGCUUCGCCUGUAUAUUUUCAUUACGGUGUUGAUUGCUCUAACUACCUCGAUAUCGAUUAAAAAAACGGGCAAAAAUUGGUAUAAAAACAGUCUGGUGUAUCACGUCUAUCCGAGAAGCUUCAAGGACAGUAAUGGGGACGGCAUAGGCGAUCUGAAUGGCAUCACGAGCAAGUUGGAACACAUCGCGGACCUCGGCGCGGAUGCAUUAUGGCUGUCGCCGAUCUAUACCAGUCCGCAGUUUGAUUUCGGGUAUGACGUCGCUAAUUACACCGACGUCGACGAGAACUACGGUACCUUGGCCGAUUUCGACAAGCUCGUGGCGAAGGCGAAAUUCCUCGGGUUGAAAGUAAUUCUCGAUUUCGUGCCGAAUCACAGCUCUCACGAGCACGAAUGGUUCAAGAAGAGUGUCCAACGCAUCAAGCCCUAUGACGAGUAUUAUGUCUGGCGUGACGCGAAAAUAGUAAACGGCAUUAGAAAGCCACCGAAUAACUGGCUGAGUGUUGUUCGAGGCUCCGCUUGGGAAUGGAACGAGGCACGGAAACAAUAUUACCUGCAUCAAUUCAACAUUCCUCAAGCGGACCUCAAUUAUCGUAGCGCCGCAUUGCAGCAAGAAAUGAAGAAUGUACUGAAUUUCUGGUUGAAUCGAGGUGUAGAUGGUUUUCGCAUCGAUGCUAUUAGCCACUUAUUUGAGGACGCUUGUUUCUUGGACGAGCCACGAAGAAACAUUUCCGGCUCAUCGGAAGAUGAUUAUGAGACUCUGGAUCACAUUUACACGAGAAAUUUUGCCGAAAUAUAUGAUGUUCUCAAAUCUUGGAGAGAACUGAUGGACAAUCAUUCGAUGACUACUGACACAAAAAUGAUUCUGACUGAGGCCGACACAGAUUUCGAAUUGUAUUACAAAUCGGGUUCGAACGUGCCGUUCAAUUUUAUGUUUAUUCUUGAUUUAAACGACAAAUCUAGUGCCGCUGACUUUAAACGCCUCAUCGAUCGUUGGAUGAACAAUGUACCUAACAAUCCGGCGUACGUUGCGAACUGGGUAGUGGAUAAUCACGAUAAUCAUCGAGCGGCUUCCAGAUUCGGUGAAAAACGGGCAGAUCAACUUUCUAUGCUGGCAACUAUUUUACCUGGCGUUAGCGUCAUUUAUAACGGCGACGAGAUCGGCAUGCUCGACAGGAAUUUUACGUAUGAGGAAACCAAGGAUCCUAUCGGAUGCAUUGCUGGACCCAAUAAAUAUCAUUUAAAAUCGCGAGAUCCAGAAAGAACGCCAUUUCAAUGGGACAAUAGUACCAGCGCCGGUUUUUCCACUAACAAUCAAACGUGGCUUCCGGUGAACAGCAAUUACGAAACUCUAAAUUUGGCGGCGCAGAGAAUCACGGCCGGGUCUCAUUACAAAGUAUUUAAAUCGCUGUCACGAUUGAAAAGGAAGCCCAUUAUCGAGCAAGGUUCUCUGCAGACCGUGUUGGUCACCGAGAACAUGCUCGGAAUUAUACGACGACACGGCGCAUCCGUCGUGGCUCUCGUGAUUAACUUUGCUGACACGUCGGUCACUGCCGAUGCUAGGACUUGGAUGAAUAUUCCAGAGCAGUUGAUCGCUUAUGCGUCCAGCGUGCAUUCUAAGCUGUCCGCAGGAUCGCGAAUUGACACGACUCGCAUCACUGUGUCCGGUUCGGCCUCUGUCGUGCUCAUUACAGAAGAUUUGAUUUAGUAAACUUCUACCUGGGAUAUUCACAAACAACUUUCUCAUAAAGCGAAGCUUUAGAUAUACACAUACAUAUGUAUAGACGUAUAUAAGCUACAAUAUAUUACAUUA